AUGUAUAACGACAAAGAAAGGUUCAUCUAUUUCAUCGAAAGAGAAGGAUUUGAUAAAAAUCAAAAACUUCGGAGCAGUUUUUAUCCAUAUUCUAAUAAAGCAUAUUCAUUACUUGAAUUGGGCUGCUACCACGGUGCAGUUGAUUGUUUCAAGUUGUUAAUAACAAAAUUUGACUCAAAAAUAACUCAAACAUGUCUAGAAUUAUUAUUUUUAGGAGGAAAUCAAGAGAUCAUGAGUGAGUGUUUGAAAUAUCAACAACCAAAUAAAAAAUGCAUGGAAUAUGCAAUCAUUUCACACAACAUUGAUUUUGUUACAUUCCUGAUGAACGAAUACAAUAUAAAGAUCGAUUUAGAAUAUUGCGGAAGAUUUAAUAAUCUUGAAUCAUUUUUAGUUUAUUUCAAUCAAACAAAUGAUUUUAACAAAUGCUUUAUUUAUUCAAUGAUAUUUGGCUUAUUAUCUCUUUAUGAAUAUUUUAUUUCACAUGGUGCAAAUAUCAAUGAAAAAGAUAAAUAUGGAGAAACCGCUCUUCAUUUUGCUGCAAUUUAUAAUAGUAAAGACACAGUCGAGAUUCUUAUUUCACAUGGUGCAAAUAUCAAUGAAAAAGAUGAUAAUUAG